AUGACUCUUCGAUCCGACAGGAAUGGCUCAAUGCCGCCGGCUGCCACGAGCGCUGCCAACGGAAACAGUCACGGCCACGGUUACGGCCACGGCCACGGCAAUGGAAAUAGAAACGAGUACCGCGACGGCGGCGACGAGGCCGGCACUUCGAGGUUCCGGGUACAAGGCGACAGCAGUCCCGACCGCGAUACAUCAUCCAACACGACCGACGAUCGACGACCCUCGAGCGCGCUCGCCCGAAGCAAUGGCGUUGCACAUCUCACCGAGACAUACGACGACAUGGACCUCAAUGGACCGACGCGGCCAACGAAGCCGCAGCUUCUCCGAUCAAAGAGCGACUUUAUGCCGCGGCAGAUGGAAAACGGAGCGACCGAUGCCCUGAUCCCGGAUUGGGGAGCUAGACACGGCUUCGAGGAUCACUACCAGUCGGAGCACAUCAUCUCCCAGCUCGUCAAUGAUGCAGAGAAGCACGUGAAGAGGCACAAGGACGAGAUCAAGAACAAGGGUCAGGAGGAUCGUGUCGGCUGGCUGACCGAAGCCAGUGCGGAAGUGGCGAACUGGUACAUGUAUUUCACGGAUAAGCGCCACGAAACGACGGGAAGGCCCCGACCGCUAGAGUACGAGCUGCAAGACUGGCGCCAGCGCGACAGGCUCAAGACCGUCUCGGCCGCGCUUGCUGUGUGCCUCAACAUCGGGGUCGAGCCUCCCGAUCAGCUCAGGACGACGCCCGGCGCGAGGCUCGAGGCCUGGACCGACCCUUCUGUCCCCCCCAUACAGAAAGCCCUCGAGAACAUCGGCAAGGCCCUCCAAAGCCAGUACGAGACGCUCGCCAUCAGGGCCCGCUACAAGCAGUACUUGGAUCCGUCGGUCGAGGAGACCAAGAAGUUCUGCGUCUCCCUGCGUCGCAACGCCAAGGACGAACGCGUCCUCCUGCACUACAAUGGCCAUGGCGUGCCCAAGCCUACCUCCUCGGGCGAGAUCUGGGUCUUCAACAAAAACUACACGCAGUACAUCCCCGUCAGCCUCUACGACUUGCAGCUCUGGCUGCAGGCGCCCACCAUCUUUGUCUGGGAUUGCUCCGAAGCGGGCAACAUCCUGCACAACUACCAUCGCUUCGUCGACAAGCACGAGGAGGAGGAAGAGGAGGCGGCCGCGCGGGAUCCUCACUAUGAAAAGAUCAACUUUCGCCCCUACAUCCACCUCGCCGCCUGCGCCGUCAGGGAGAGUCUGCCGACGAACCCGGUCUUGCCGGCCGAUCUCUUCACCGCCUGCCUCACGACGCCCAUCGAGAUGGCCCUCUGGUUCUUCGUCCUCCAGAACCCGCUCAGGACCGGCCUCACGCCGGAAAGAGCCAAGCAGCUGCCGGGACGGCUUCAAGAGAGACGCACUCCUCUGGGUGAGCUGAAUUGGAUCUUCACCGCCAUCACCGACAGCAUCGCCUGGACGACGCUGCCCCGCGACCUCUUCCGCAAGUUCUUCCGCCAGGAUCUCAUGGUCGCGGCCCUGUUCCGAAACUUCCUCCUCGCCCAGCGCAUCAUGACCAACUACGGCUGCCAUCCUCAGUCCUACCCGGCCUUGCCCGACACCCAUCAGCACCCUCUCUGGGCCACGUGGGACCUCGCCGUCGACAUGGCGCUGGCCCAGCUGCCGAUGCUGGAGAAGAAGAAGAACGCUAACGAGCUGGUCGACCACGAGUACCAGAAUUCGACCUUCUUCACCGAGCAGCUGACGGCCUUCGACGUCUACCUCACGAGGGGUGACGCCAUGGCCCAGAAGCCUCCCGACCAGCUCCCCGUCGUGCUCCAGGUGCUCCUUAGCCAGCAGCACCGAGUCCGCGCCCUCAUCCUGCUCGGCCGCUUCUUGGACCUCGGCCCCUGGUCCGUCCAGCUCGCGCUGAGCAUAGGCAUCUUCCCCUACGUCCUGAAGCUCCUGCAGUCGGCCGCGGCCGAGCUGAAGCCCGUCAUGGUCUUCAUCUGGGCCCGCCUCAUCGCCGUCGACAUUUCCUGCCAGCAAGACCUGAUCAAGGACAGCGGCUACAGCUACUUUGCCCACAUCCUGAAGCCCUCCGAGGGCCUGCCGGUCGUGGACAGCGACGAGCACAAGGCCAUGUGCGCCUUCAUCCUCGCCAUGCUCUGCAAGGACUACAGGAACGGCCAGAUGGUCUGCAACCAGACCGACAUACUUUCCUACUGCCUCUUUCACCUCCGGAACGAGGGCAACCCGCUCCUGCGCCAGUGGGCGUGCCUGUGCAUCAGCCAGCUGUGGCGGGACCUCCCCGAGGCCAAAUGGCGCGGCAUCCGGGAGAACGCGUACGUCAAGCUGGCUUAUCUCAUCCGAGACCCGUCCUGCGAGGUGCGCGCGGCCAUGAUCCACGCCAUGACCACCUUCCUCGGCAUUCCCGACCUGACGGAGGAGGUGGCCCGAAUCGAGGAGUCGAUCGCGUGGACCAUUCUGGAAAUGGGCACCGACGGCAGUCCCAUGGUGCGCCAGGAAUACCUCGUCUUCCUCUCCCACUUUAUUCCUCGCUUUGAGAAUAAGUUCCUCGUCGCGGCGUUCGAGCACCUCCAGGAGGAGAAGGACUACCUCGCGUCGCCGCCUCCGAACGACGGCCAGGAGCACAAGAUGGGCCUGCACUACGCCGCCCGGGGGAAGCGGAACAAGGACGGGACCAUCAAGCACGCGGCCCACGGCCUGUCGCACAACACCGUCUACAUGGCCUGCUGGAAGCAUGCCCUGAUCCUCAGCGUGGAUCCCCACCCGCAGGUGCAGCGGGAGGCGACCGUCGUCGUCGACUACGUGCACAAGGCCCUCGUCAACUCGACCGCCGGCAGGGCGGCCCAGGCGCUGAUGCGAGACAUCCAGCGGCGGACGAACAGCAGGGCAACCCAGAGGCAGGCCCUCGGCGUCGCCCAAAGGAUGGCGUCGCGAGGUGCAGGGGCUUCGGGCGCGGCGCCGCAGCCGCAAGCGGGCAUCCUGCGCAGGACGGCAAGCCUGCUCAUCCAGUCCUUCAUCGGCGGCGAGGACAAGCCGAGGCCGAGCAACCCGUCAAGCUCGAGCCCGAGCUCGCCGGCCAAGUCCCCUUCAGCCGCCAAGCUGGCCGGGGCGCCUGGGGUUCGCGGCGGCCACGGCCCGGCUCUUGCGACUCCUGCGACUCCGGCCGCUGCUGCGGUCACGGGUAUUCCCUCCGAUCAAGCGUCGGCGCCGCCGGAGCAGCAGCAGAAGGUGAUGCCGAACGAGACGCCGGCGUACCAUGUCGCGCGCGAGCCGAUGUCGGGCGCAUACGCGGCGAGGGACCUUACCCUGCGACCCCAGCUUCCCCUCGAGAGCGGUUUUCUGGAAUGGUCGAUUGAGUAUUUCCGAGAACCGCAGAUGAAAGCCAGCGAGGCGGACGAGCCGGGCAGCACCGAGUACAACGAGCGGCUCUGGCGGAGGGCGCGGAACGAGAACACGCUGCGGGAAACGCAGCCGCUGAAGCAGAUCGCGGGAUCGCACCGGUGGAACGACCAGCUCGGGAUAAUCAACAACGGCGCGCAGCCGGCCAAGAUGACGUUCCAUCAGUACGAGGACCACCUCGCCGUGUCCGACGACGGCAACACCGUCUGCGUCUGGGACUGGAAGAGGCAAGGUCGGCUCAGCAGGUUCAGCAACGGCAACCCCGAGGGGUCCAGCAUCAGCGACAUGAAGUUCAUCAACGAGGACGAUCAGGCCUUCCUCCUCAUCGGCUCGUCGGACGGCGUCGUCCGCGUCUACCGGCACUACGACGCCGACGGCGGCAUCGAGCUUGCGACGUCGUGGCGCGCGCUGACGCACAUGGUUCCGAGCAACGUUAAUUCCGGCAUGGUCUUCGACUGGCAGCAGGUGACGGGCCGGAUCCUCGUGGCGGGCGACGUCCGCGUGAUCCGCGUGUGGUACGCGGCGCACGAAACCUGCGUCAUGGACAUACCGGCCCGCUCGGGCUCCUGCGUGACCUCGCUCACGUCGGACCAGAUGACGGGCAACUUGUUCGUGGCCGGGUUCGGCGACGGCGCCGUGCGCGUCUUCGACACGAGAAACCGACCGCAGGAGUCCAUGGUCCGGAAGUGGAAGGACGAGGCGGACCGGCAGUGGAUCAAGAGCGUGCACAUGCAGCGUGGGGGCCAGAGGGAGCUGAUCAGCGCCAGCCGCAACGGCAAGGUCAAAGUCUGGGACAUCCGGAUGGACCGGCCGCUGCACACCUUCCAGACCACCCGCGGCACGCUGCGGACGGCGAGCACACACGAGCACCUGCCCGUCUUCGCCGUGUAA